UACAAAAUAAUUGAUUCAAAUCAGAAAUUGGAUAAAGAAUUGGGUGGUCUGUGAAAGGAGAUGGAGCUGCCUGAACCGGUGACGGUGUUGGAUUAUGGAGCAGGGAAUAUUCGUAGUCUCCUGAAUGCUCUCAAGAAACAUGGAGUGGAACCGCGUUUCGUGAAGAGCGCUGCUGACAUAGCUCAGGCGUCGAAAUUGAUCUUCCCAGGUGUCGGUGCAUUUGGACAGUCGAUGAAUGCCCUGGAGAAGAUGGGAUAUACGGAAGCCCUUCGUGCAUAUUUGAAGAGUAACAGGCCCUUUCUUGGCAUAUGCCUAGGUCUGCAAACAUUGUACGAGGGUAGUGAAGAAUCACCUGGUGUGGCUGGUCUGGGUGCGUUCUCAGGUGUUGUUCGAGAUUUGAAUAACGUCAAAGUCGAUGAACCUCUGACUGUGCCGCACAUGGGCUGGAACGAGAUCCGGAGACAAAGAGCAAGUAAGCUGUUCGCGGCCGGUGAUCAAACGGAGAGUACAUCUGGCCGGUAUUACUUCACACACUCGUUCGCUAUCCCUGCCGCCGAGGCUGAUGCAACUGAUGUUCUAGCCACCACGGAUCAUGGUGUUCCGUUUGUCAGUGUUGUGCAAAGGGGCAACAUUGUUGCGACGCAGUUUCACCCUGAGAAGAGUGGCGAGGCAGGGCUAGAUCUCAUUCGGCGAUUCCUGCAGGACUUCCCGUAUCCGGAGCCAAGCAGUCCCGUGCCAUUCCAAUGUUUAGUUCAAGGACCGACCGUGCUGGCACGACGAGUCAUUGCUUGCUUGGAUGUACGGUCGAAUGAUGCCGGUGACCUGGUAGUGACUAAGGGUGAGCAGUACGACGUGCGUGAGAGAGCAACGGAAGAGAACGGUGCAACCAAGCGUGGCGAGGUACGCAAUCUUGGCAAGCCAGUGGACCUGGCACGCAGGUACUUUCAGGAAGGUGCAGACGAAGUGGUGUUCCUGAACAUCACCUCGUUCCGUGACUCUCCUCUCCAUGACCAGCCCAUGCUGGAUGUUCUGCGCCGCACCUCUGAGCACGUCUUUGUUCCUCUAUGUGUUGGUGGCGGCAUUCGUGACAUAACCGUCCCAGCUGCAGCAAGUUCUACUGACGGUGGGGCCGCAGGUGACUCCAUCACGUACCCUGCAGUGGAAGUGGCGGGUGAAUACUUCCGCUCCGGUGCUGACAAGGUGUCGAUUGGCAGCGAUGCUGUGCGUGCUGCCGUAGAGUAUAUGCAGUCUGGCGCCAAGACGGGCAAGACAGCUAUUGAGACCAUUGCCGAGGUGUACGGCAGCCAAGCAGUGGUGAUCUCAGUGGAUCCGAAGCGUGCGUAUGCACAGUCACCGGCAGAUGUUCCGGGCAAGCAGCACUGCAUUGAGACAAAGUACCCGGGACCGGACGGUGAGAUGUACUGCUGGUAUCAAUGUACCACUGCUGGCGGUCGUGUAACCACCGACGUGGGUGCUUGGGAGAUGGUGCGUGCUUGUGAGGCGCUCGGUGCUGGUGAGAUCAUGCUCAACUGCAUUAACAGGGAUGGUACCAAUGCGGGUUAUGACUUAGAGCUCAUUGCUGACAUCAAGUCUGCAGUUCGCAUUCCUGUGAUCGCGUCCAGUGGCGCUGGCUGCCCGGAGCAUUUCUCAGAGGUCUUUGCUGCAACCGGCUGUGAUGCAGCUCUUGCCGCUGGGAUCUUCCAUCGAAAGGAGGUGCCCAUCGGUGCCGUGAAGGAACACCUGAACGUCAAGGAGGUCACUGUCCGCUACAAUCCGUGAGUGCGUGCGUGUGGGCAUACUGUUUAUACUAUUUAUAUGCUUUUCCAGUGGACCGUUGGUGUUAUUUAUGCAGCCCGUGACACAACCAGAUAAUGUUGAAAUGUUCUUGCGCUCACUAUUUAGUAUCCAGGGCUCCAGCGCUCCAUGAAAGCAGAAACGUAGUUCUGCUGCUUCAUGCAUUUACCAUGAAACACACACAAAACACACCCGAUAGGCAAUAGUCUCCCAUCAAAACUGAAGCAAUUUAGUCUGUCACAAAACUCACAGAAGAUUUAAUAGACACAGUCUCCAUUUCUAGCAUUCUCUAUUUUUUUCUAUUUUCUCGCUGCUCUCGCUAAUGCUUUUGCGCAAUAAAUGUAUGAAAUCGA